GAAGAAUAUCCGCGUCAUGGUGGGUGUAACUUUUGUUGGUUGCGUCAUUAAAUUUGUUGAAGAAAGUUCCAUCACAUUCUACGGAAGGUCGCCAUCUUUAAGGACGAGAAGUCGGGAGGGAGCGUUGCAGAUUCUUUGUUCUUAAUCUCGCAUAAUUCAACAGAAACGUUUUUGUAAACAUCGCAUUUCUUAAUUAAGAUGCGCCAGUCGAAGAGGAUGCGUUCGCCUGGUGCCUGGCUGGAUGAAUACAGCUGGGAAGAAAGGAUGGAGUGUCGGAAACGCAGAAAGAGAGAUUCAUACAGCAGCGAAAGAGAGAACCGAUCCAGAAGAAAUCCCCAUUGUCACAAGACAUUAGAAGGGCACUACCUGGAGGCCCGCAGUUUAAACCAGAGGCUGGAUUCUCAGGAGAUGUACCCCCGUGAGCACAGCUUGGAUGUGGCCUGUGACGAUGACAGUCGUGAAGAAACUCACAAAGACCGGGACGACUGGCACCACUACAGCAAGUCCUCGGGGCGUAGUGGGCGUAGCAGACGAAGCAGUCGCAGGCACCGCGACAGACGACACAGGCGCAGUCAUUCUCGCCACGAGUCCUCCUCGAGGAGGAGCCAUCGCCACAGGAGCAGGAAAAGAUCCAGGAGUGUUGAGGAUGAUGACGAGGGUCACCUCAUCUAUCACAGUGGAGACAUGCUGAGAGCGAGAUAUGAAAUUGUGUGUACUCUAGGAGAGGGUGCCUUUGGAAAAGUUGUUGAGUGCAUCGAUCAUUCAAAUGAAGGGGCCCGAGUAGCUCUGAAGAUCAUUAAAAAUAUAGACCGCUACCGAGAAGCAGCGUUGUCUGAGGUAGAGGUUCUUAAACAGUUGAAAUCCCUCGAUGCUGACAAUAAAUAUGCUUGUGUGCAUAUGCUGGACUGGUUUGACUUCCACGGUCACAUAUGCAUUGUGUUUGAGCUGCUCGGCCUCAGCACGUACGACUUCCUGAAGGAAAACAACUUCCAGCCUUUUCCUGUUAAACACAUCAGGCACAUGGCCUACCAGAUCAUUCGAGCUGUGAAAUUUCUUCACAAAAACAAACUGACUCACACAGAUUUGAAGCCUGAAAAUAUCCUAUUAAUAGAUUCGGACUACAACAUGGCAUAUAAUCGUGCAAAGAGGAGAGACGAACGAACCCUGAAAAGCCCAGAUAUUAAAAUUGUGGACUUUGGCAACGCCACAUUUGAUCAUGAGCACCACACCUCUGUGGUUUCAACACGUCACUACCGUGCUCCUGAAGUCAUUUUAGACUUGGGCUGGGAUCAUUCCUGUGAUGUUUGGAGUAUCGGCUGCAUCCUCAUUGAAUAUUACCUCGGAACAACCUUGUUCCAGACACAUGACAGUAAAGAGCAUCUUGCUAUGAUGGAGAGGGUGCUGGGCCCCAUCCCUACCAACCUUCUGGAGAAAACCAAAAAAAGGCGAUAUGUUCAUCGCAAUAGGCUGGACUGGGAUGUUCACAGCUCUUCGGGCCGUUAUGUCCGGAAGCACUGCAGACCCCUGAAGCAUUACAUUUCUUCAAAGACUGAAGACCACCGACAGCUUUUUGACCUGAUUGAGAAGAUGAUGGAGUAUGACCCAACCAAGCGCCUCAGCCUGGAGCAGGCCCUUCAUCAUCCCUUCUUCUCCUGCUUAUAUAAGACCCAACAGCAGGAAAAGCAACAGCAGAGGCAGCAGCACCAGGAGCAGCAGCAGCAGCAGUGUCGGUAGCAAAUGAGGCAGAACUUGUGACCUUUGACCUCAUUGUGAGAUUUCUUAUGGUGCCACCAGCCUCAGCUUCCAAUUCUCCAGAAGAGAUGUACUUUUUGACUGUAUCAGUCACUGCUCUGCUGUUGUCUGCUAUCCGCUGAGUUUAUUUCUCCAUUAAGUUGCAUUCACUCGUGUGCUUGCCAUCAAUCCUGUGAUUUUUGUUUUUGCUGUUAUUUAAGUUUGAAAAUGAUUAAAUGAUUUUUUUUCCCCCUUGUGUAAAACUGUUUAAAAAAACCAGGUAUUUUUUCUUCACUGCUUUCUUUUUGAUUGUAGGUGUAAAUAUUGACAUGUUUAGUCAUAACGUGUACAUGAACCUUGUUGGUGCAUCCACCCUUUUCACUGACUGGUAUGUAACUUUUGCAGCUUGUGUCUAAAUAAAUGACCGAAAAUAA